AUGUCGUAAAACGCAUUAAAUUUAUAGAUUCUGUGUAUAUAUUUAAAUGUCAGGUGCGCAUAUAUUAUUUCCCUAGUCCGCGUCCAAAUCGCUGCAAGGAUUACAACAAAAUGUUAAGUAAGAUUCAGUGAACUUCUUUCGGGGGUGGUGCUGUUGAGGGAUGUUACGAGCGAACAUCACCAUCAAAGUGGAAGUGAAUCACAAUUCAAAGUGUCACAAAUAGUAGCGUAAAACAGCUUAAAAAUGUACCAAAGCGCUUGCAAUGCCGCCACCACGGGCGCGUGUGUGCCUGGAACGGGCAAUCAGUAUGAUAAAGAAAGGCAGGCAGCCCUUAUCGCCCAACAACCACCCACCGCACCCGUGGAGCCCGAUUAUAGUGGCUUCGAUAUCGUUAAGGCUACACAGUAUGGCGCCAUAGCGCGUGUACGCGAGCUGGUCGAGUCUGGCUGGGAUGUGAAUCAGCCGGACAGUGAGACGGUCACACUGCUGCAUUGGGCGGCUAUCAACAACAGGCGCGACAUUAUACGCUACUUUCUGGAGAAGGGUGCUACAGUUGACGCUGUUGGUGGCGAGCUAAAUGCCACGCCGCUGCAUUGGGCAACACGACAAGGUCAUCUGGGCGCUGUAGUGCUGCUGAUGGGUGCCGGUGCCGAUCCCCGCAUUCGGGAUGCUGAGGGCUGCUCCUGCAUACACAUAGCUGCGCAAUUCGCGCACACGGCUUUAGUGGCUUAUUUCAUAGCCAAGGGUGUCGAUCCAGACUUACAGGAUCGCGGAGGAAUGACGGCGCUUAUGUGGGCAGCAUGGAAGGUAUGCGCGUUGGAUCCUGUUCGUCUGCUGCUCACACUGGGCGCUAAUCCCGCCAUGGUAGAUUAUACGCACGGCAACACUGCGCUUCAUUGGGCCAUUUUGGCGCGCAACUCCACCGCUAUAUCCACACUGGUGCUUAAGUCGAAGGCCUCUCUUGAUGUGCCCAAUUUGCGUGGCGAAACACCGCUCUCUAUGAUGGAGGCCCAGACUGGUGCUAUUUGGAUCGGUGCUAAGGUCAUGGAUCGGGUUAGGGAGGCAGCCCUAACGUCCCAGCAACGGCGCUCACUCGUCUCCAAACUGCGUCACGACAAACGCUUGCGCUGGUGGUCAAUGGUAGCCUGCCCAUUUACCGCAUUUUAUCUGGCCGGAAUUGUCUUCACAAUUAACACCCUCUACAUCAUCAAGUUUUUCCUGCUUGGCUGUCUGUAUGCAGUUUUUCACACCAUUGGAAAAAUGUUAUUUGACGAGCAUUUGAUGGCCUUGUUGCCGUUGAGUGUCUAUUUGGCUACCAAGGCCUGGUUCUAUGUUACCUGGCUGCUCUACAUUGACGAGGCUGUCUCAAUGACAGCCACAGUGUGCUUCCUGAUCUGUUCUCUGGCACUUUGGGUGUGCUUUGUCAAAUCGUGGAAAGGCGAUCCUGGCAUCAUUCGGCCCACAAGGGAGCAGCGAUUUAAGACUAUCAUAGAAUUGUCUGAACGUGGGGGCAUUGGCUUUGAGCCAGCCUCCUUUUGCUCGGGCUGCCUAGUGCGACGACCUCUUCGCUCCAAACACUGCUCCGUGUGCGAUCGUUGUGUGGCACGCUUUGAUCACCAUUGUCCCUGGGUAGGAAACUGCAUUGGUCUCAAAAAUCACAGCUACUUUAUGGGCUUUCUGUGGAUGCUGCUCAUUAUGUGCGCCUGGAUGUUGUACGGCGGCUCCAAAUAUUAUGUCAACCAGUGUAAUGUGCACUUCGAUGAUUUCAUUUCGGCCAUGCGUGCCAUUGGCAACUGCAAUGCCUGGGUCGGUUGGGUUAUGGGUAACGCCUUGCUACACAUGUCCUGGGUUAUCCUGCUGACCAUCUGUCAAACCUAUCAAGUGGUUUGCCUGGGCAUGACCACCAACGAGCGUAUGAAUCGCGGAAGGUAUCGCCAUUUCCAGGCCAAAGGCGGCCACAGUCCCUUUACACGCGGUCCUCUGUUAAAUCUGGUCGAUUUCUUCGAGUGCAACUGCUUUGGCCUGCUUGAACCGAAGCGCGUCGAUUGGAUGAACUACUAUGAAUAUGAUGUGCAGGUGCAUCAGACUAUCGAAAAGGAGCCGCUGCUGCAUGCCGACUGCCCCGAUGGAAUGGCAGGUGAUCAUCAAUACGUGUAGGACAAGUCUUAUCGGGAUGCGAAGACGCUUCGAACGCCCAUAGCGCACGUUUAACGUUUAUCGUGUGUGAGAAAAAUGCUUUAGAUGAUGAUGCGCCGUAUUAGCUUUCAAUCCACGUAUUAUAAUUUUUAAUUGUAAUUGGCAUGCGCUGCAAACUCAGUUUAAAUGUUCAGUUGCCUAUCUGUUGUAGAAUCUGUGAGUAGUAAUAACACCAGAGAACAACAACUUAGAACGAGAGCGUCGUCGCUGACCGAUAUCGGAUCGAGUGGGUACAAAUACGUACCACCCAUAUACAUAUAUAGACAUAUGAGUGUAUCAAUGCACAAUACAUUUACGUAUGCAUUACUGUAAUUAAAACUGUACAUUUUUUGAAUAUUUCGUAAAUCCUUCUUGGUCAUAAGUUGACAGUUUUUUCCGCUUUAAACUUAAAAGUAAUUAUAAUACCAAACAAAUUACGUAAACACCGAACAAACUGUUUGAAUAAAUAAUUGCACGAGAAUGAAAAAAACAGAACAAAAACAGCGAAGAAAAAAACCAAGUGAAAUUGUGCAAUAGGGAAUACAUUAUGCACACAAUACAAAAAUUUCAGGUGUUAAGCGCACAGAAGUGAAUCGAUACUUAAAUGCGUGUUUGAAAAUUGAAAAAUUUCAAUUACAAAUUGCUUAAAUAUAUAUUUUAAGACCGAUGCGGAGCAGCAAUACGAACACUUAAAUAUGGCAACAUAACAUUACCACAGAAACGAAAUGUUUUCAUACUUUAAAAAGCUAAUUUUAACAAAUAUAUAUACAUAGAUAUGAAUAUACAUGCCGAUUCAGUGCGCACUAGUCUAGUCAGCAAUCAUUUAAGUAAAACGUUAUAGUGCAACAAAAAAGUCGUUAAUUAAACAAUAUACAUACAAAUACAUAUAUAUACCAACAUACAUAUGUAGUUAUUGUAAUUAUGAGAAUACUUAUCAACUAUUUCCAAUUGCCAACAAACAAAAGGCAGCCUGCGAACAACACGAAGCUAAGAGAAAUCGUUUGUAAUUGUAACACGUUACUUAAAUGCAUUUAACUUUAAACCACAAUAAAUACAAUUACUACAAUUUCAACUAACAAAAACCAAAACCGAACUCAACUCAACAACUUUUCGAUGUAUUUUUAUAUAGUUUAGAUUAUACAAAUACAAAUAGACACGUAUAACCUCUGUGUAAAAUGCUUUUGUUGCAAACUGUUCGGAAUGUGCGAUUUGCUACGAGUUAUUUGCUUACUUUUUAAAAAUAUUUUUUUGCACCAAUGUAUUGUUACUUGAUAUCAAGCUUCUAUAAGACUAUAAGAAAAUCGACAGAAAGGCAAUUAAAGUGGCCUAAAAAUUCAUUGCUAAAUCCCUAUUUUAGCGACUAAGUUGAAGACAAACAAAUUACUUAUGUAUGUAUUAAUUAGUAUGUAUGUAAAGAGAAUGAAUUUUGAUGGUGUAUGUAUUGUGCGUUAAAAUUACCAAAUAAUAAAAAGAGAACUUUAUUCCGAAUUAAAAAAAUAA